AUGGGAACGAAGCUCAGCACACGAGUGUGUCCGGUUCCCUUGUCCCUGUAUGUGGACUCUGGUGGAGUGAGUGUCCGUGUCCGGGACUGUGGAGGACUUUCCGGGAGAGUCAGGAUGGCGGUGAACUUUGCGGAGGUGCGGGGCCGGGUGAAGAAUGUGUGUGCGCAGAACGGGCUCCUCAUCCUGUCUGUGUUGGCUGUGGUCAUUGGCUGCAUGAUGGGCUUCCAUCUGCGGGGCAAGCAGCUCUCCGACCAGGAGGUGAAGUACUUCCAGUUUCCUGGAGAGCUCCUGAUGAGGAUGUUGAAGAUGCUCAUUCUGCCCCUCGUCGUCUCCAGUUUGAUGUCGGGGCUAGCAGCCUUGGAUGCCAAGUGUUCCAGCCGCCUGGGCAUCAUGACCGUCUCCUACUACCUGUGGACCACCUUUGUGGCGGUGGUGGUGGGCAUCCUCAUGGUUACCAUCAUCCACCCAGGGGGCGCCGCUCAGAAGGAGGACAACGAGGACAGCGGCAAGCCAAUCAUGAGCUCCGCUGAUGCCCUGCUUGAUCUGAUUCGAAACAUGUUCCCAGCCAACUUGGUCCAAGCAACUUUCCAACAGUACCGUACCAGGAGUAUCCCCAUCAUGAAGGCCCCCCCACCCACGGUGGCAACCUCCCUGAUGGAGAGCACCACCCGGAGGGUCUAUAUCUACGGUGUCCAGGACGACAACGGCACCGAUAUCCAGAACUUCUCCCUGGACUUGACACCUCCGCCUGACAUCCAGAUGCGCACACUGCCCGGGACCAGCGAUGGCAUGAACGUACUGGGGAUCGUCAUCUUUUCCGCCACCAUGGGUAUCAUGCUGGGAAGAAUGGGGCCUAAUGGCAGCGCCUUGGUCAACUUCUGUCAGAGUCUGAACGAGGCUGUCCUGAAGAUUGUCGCCAUAGUGAUCUGGUACUUCCCUUUCGGCAUUGUGUUCCUGGUCGCCGGUAAGAUCCUGGAGAUGGACGACCCGUCGGCCAUGGGGAAGAAGUUGGGGUUCUACGCUAUCACCGUGGUGAUGGGGCUGGUGCUGCACGGUCUCUUCAUCCUACCAGCCAUGUACUUCUUCAUCACAAAGAAGAGUCCCAUCGUCUACAUCAGGGGCAUCCUGCAGGCCCUGCUCAUCUCCCUGGCAACCUCGUCCAGCUCUGCCACACUGCCUAUAACCUUCAAGUGCCUCCUGGAGAACAACCACAUCGACCGACGCAUCAUCCGCUUCGUACUCCCCGUGGGCGCCACCAUCAACAUGGAUGGGACGGCACUCUAUGAGGCAGUGGCGGCCAUCUUCAUCGCCCAGGUUAACAACUACGAGUUGGACUUUGGCCAGAUCAUCACUAUCAGUAUCACAGCCACAGCUGCCAGUAUUGGUGCAGCUGGAAUUCCGCAGGCAGGACUGGUCACCAUGGUGAUCGUGCUAACCUCAGUGGGCCUGCCCACUGAUGACAUCACACUCAUCAUUGCUGUGGAUUGGGCGUUAGACCGUUUCAGGACCAUGGUCAACGUGAUGGGAGACGCUUUGGCCACGGGGAUCAUGGCUCACAUCUGUAGAAAAGAUUUUGUCAAGGAGGGAGAGCAGGUACCUUUGAUCUGCGAGACCAAGCCCAUGAUCAGCAUCCAGCAGAUGGCGUACCAGAAGAAUGGUGUGUACCAGCCCCCUCCCUGCGGACCGGAGGGCCCGGACGUGGCUCGUCUGUUGCAGCUGGAGGAGGGGGUACGGCCGGAGCAGAGGAAGAGGAACCCCCUCGCUCCCCAACACAAGAGGGAGCACAAGGACAAGGACCACUGCUCCAUCGACAUGAAUGGCCUGGAGACCAACGUAUAG